AAGACAAGGCUCCAUUUUCUAGCGACCGCAUUAUAAAUUUAAAACCGGUCAAGCAAAGGGACCUCCAACAUGCUCCUGCCGGUACUAAUAGUGUCCACGUUGUGUGGCAUUGCUCAAAGUUCUGGAAUCGGCCAUGUCGGCGUAGCACCAGCGGAGCUGGCGGCAGUCGGAUUGGCGCCUGCCGGCUUGUCCCCAGUCGCCGUGGCUCCACCAGGCGUAGCCCCGGUUGUAACCGCAGCGAGUUCGCAGUACUUCGAAAGGACUUACAACCGUUUAGUGGCAGCUCCACCAAUACCACUGGCGCCAUCUGUACCGCUCGCACCGCCUGUACAAGUUGCCCCGGCUUUGCCAGUUGCUCCGGUAAUUCCAGUAGCACCACGGCCGCAGCCUGUGUUCGUGCCUGUUGCCAACAAUGUGCCUGUACCUGGGGUUUCUCCGCAACCAGUGACGGAAUCUCCGUCGGAUCCCAACGUUGCUAUAGCUGUAGCCACUGCGCAUGCUGCAGCACCCGUAGCGACAAUCUUAUUGCCUCCCUACCCAUUUGGACUGCCUCCAGGCUUCGCAUUUGUUCCGCCACAGCCCAAUAACGUACCAGCGGAGAGGCCAAUAGAAUCUACUACUCCGACAACUACUCGACAGACAGAAGCGACCACAACUGAGAGGGAACCAGAUACAACGCCUGUGCCAUCGAACAGUGACAACAGUUUCGUACAAGCUCUGCCCUCAAACCAAGAUAUAAAUUUCAAGCUCUAUGGGCCGCCUCGACCUCAGCACUGGUCGCAGCAACAACCGUUACCGUUACCAGAUUCAGCCCCAUCAGCUCCAAGACCCCAGCAAUUGCCAUUACCGUUACCAGCCCAACGACCACAGCAAUGGCCGCAGCAGCAACCGUUGCCGUCGGCGCAACCGCGCCCACAACAGCAACCCUGGCCUCAAAAGCGACCACAAGCCCAACCUUGGCUGCAGUCGCAGCCGCAUCCUCACGUUCAUUUUCACGCCAUUAAGCCUCAGAAGUUAAAAACGUUAGUGGAGGUUGUGAAAGCUCCCUUAGCGUAUAUUGCACCACCACCUCUAGUUACCCAUGAACCCCAUCGUCAUAUCAAGAUCAUCAAACAUGUGUACGGAUUUGUGCCAGAAUCCAGCGCUAAAAUUAUAAUAAGGCCUGUGAGUACAAAAAUACGUGCUGUCAGGGUUCCUGCCCAUCUGCCGUAUAAGGGUCAAAUAUCAGCAAGAAACGUCCGUACACCCGUCAACAGAAUCACUGAGCCCACUACGUUUAGUCCUUUUAACAAACCAAAUACCAAACCUCCGAGAGUAUAAUUUAUGUAUUAUAGAUAGUCAAUUGUCACUUGUUAAUGUGCAGCACAAUGUAAAUAUACAUAUAGAAAAUUAAUAGGAGUGUAAAUAUAAAGAUGAGAAUUUUA